UAGCGCGGGAGAUGAGAGGUUCGGCCAGUUCCCGAUAACGACGACUGGGACGUACAAAGAAAGAGCUGAAUCCCUCAGGCAGCGGCAACCCAACGCCCACACGGGGCCUACUAGGCCACGCCCCGGGGGCGUAGCCACAGGUGCAAGUAUCGCGAGCCACGGAGAAGGACGAAGGGAGCGAAAAAUGGCCUGCUGGGGGUCCGUCAGUCCUCCGAGCUUCGUACCCUGGGCUGCGGCUUUGCUCCUCGCUCUGGGCGUGGAUGGGGCUUUGGCGCUACCAGAGAUAUGCAUCCAGUGUCCAGGGACUGUUCGAAAUUUGUCAGAAGUGGCCCAUUAUUGUAAGCAGACACCAGGGCUAAUGCUGCAUGCCCGCUGCUGCCUGAAUCAGAAGGGCACCAUCCUGGGGCUGGAUCUCCAGAACUGUUCUCUGAAGGACCCUGGUCCAUACUUUCCUCAGGCACAUACUGCUAUCAUCAUAGACCUGCAGGCAAACCCCCUCAAGGAUGACUUGGCCAACACUUUCCAGGGCUUUACCCAGCUCCAGACUCUGAUUUUGCCACAAGAUGUCAACUGUCCUGGAGGUAUUAAUGCCUGGAAUACUGUUACCUUUUAUAUAAACAACCACACCUGCCAAGGACAAAGGAACCUUUGUAACAGCACUGGGGACGUAGAAAUGUGCCCUGAGAAUGGAUCUUGUGCACCGGAUGGUCCAGGCCUCUUGCAGUGUAUUUGUGCUGAUGGCUUUCAUGGCUACAAGUGCAUGCGUCAGGGCUCCUUCCCACUGCUUAUAUUUUUUGGGAUUCUGGGAUUCACCACAUUAUCCAUCUCCAUACUGCUUUGGGGGACCCAACGCCAAAAAGCCAAGGCUACAUAAACCACAUAGAUCUUCCUACAGACCUAAACAUCAUUCCGAUCUAUCUCAGACCAGCCAGGGAGAUUUUCUUCUUGGACAGGCAUCACUGACCAGCAGAUCCUCCUCAAGGCGGAGGCUGCCGCUGGAAGGAAGACGGAAAAUGAAUGGCACAACCUUGUAUUGCAGUAGACAAUCCAGUCCGCCUUGGACUAAUACCGGUUCCCAUUUGUGCUGUUACCUAUAAUAAAUGUUUCUAUUUCUUU